AUUCACCAUCGCUGUCGUGCGAGUGGGGUUGGUACCACGCACGGAGAAAGUGCACUUUACUUUAUAUAUACUCACGCGACGGGGCCAUCGUACGCAUUUUCGAUAUCGCUGUCGCUAAUUGCGAUCACAUAUCUCGUGAGAGAAGAGUCGUUCAAUCGCGAGUCGCGCGAUCAUAUUUAUAAUACAUAUAUACAUAAGUACAGGAUCAUCAAGAGGAUGAUGCUGAUCGGACUCGUACUAUUCGCCGUGUGGACCAGGACUGCUGUGUCAGAAUUGCCUGCUGAAGUGACGACAUGCCCGCGAACAGACAACUCGGCGGAAUACGACAAGUGCGUUCUUCAGCAGCUGCAAGCUCUCACGCCGCUUCUGGUUAAGGGAGUACCCUCUUUGAAAUUACCAGCAUUAGAUCCUCUGUUUCUGCCGUCCUUGACGAUAGAUAGGAAUCUAGAAUCUUUGAAAAUUAAGUGUAAUAUGACUCAAAUUCGCGUUUACGGCGGUACGAAUUAUGUCGUGCAGGAGCUUAAAGCAAAUCCCAACGACUUGACCGUGUUUAUCAAAGUUCGAAUGCCUCACAUUUACGUGAAUGGAGAAUAUGAUAUCCAAGGAAGACUGUUGUUGCUGCCUUUAAGCGGACUGGGCAAUUUUAAAGGAAACUUUACCGAUACUGAAGCGCAAGUAAAUGCCCAAGCCAAGGAAAUUACUGAUAAAAAUGGCGUGCAGAGACUCGAAAUUGACAAUUUGGUUACUAAAGUCCGCGUCGGUAAUGGAAAUAUUAAACUGAAGGCACCUCCUGCUCACACGUUAGCCGCCGACGCCGCUGCAGCAUUCUUUAACGGCAAUCCUCGCCUAGUAUUGGACAUAGCCAGUCCAAUUAUCGAGGAUGCUGCUGCGACUGUAUGCAAAGCUCUAGCAACCAGAGCACUCAACGUUCUCACUAAGCAAGAACUCGUUCCUUAAUUUUUAAAUAGUCGAAUCUCGUUCGGCUGUCACAUAAAAUAUUGCGAUAAGUAGGCGAUUUAAUAUAGAUUUAUCAGCUUUUUUAUCGUACACUAUGACACAUUCCGCCGGCUAGUUGGUAAAACAUAUAAAAUUCUACUGUCUCAUUUCCAAAGAAAACCAUUUAUAUUUAAUUGAUUGCAUGUCAUGCAAUUAAUUAAAUAUAAAUGUUUUUUUUUUGGAAAUGAGACAGCAGAAUUUUAUAUGAGACAUUGUUCGUUUCGCUUUUGUAUGCAGAAAGUAUUGAAUGAAGUGUUAAUUUAUUUAACAAAAAAAAAAGAUACGUUUAAAAACAAACUGAUUAGCUGACGUUCACUUUGUUUGUUUCUUUGACAAUUUGUUAUUUGCAUUUUUUGUAUAUUUUAUUGUAUCUCUAAUUUUAUCUAUUAGACGCGAUAGUUGAAAAAACUAUUAUGUACUGUAUAUACAUAAAUAUCGUAUAUUGUUAUUAGAUACAACGGCACUAAUUAAAAGUAUUGUAAUCGCACUUUUGCACAAAACCGUUUCGCAACGGUUCUUUCUUCGAAGUAGAUCCAAUCGCAUAUAAAAAAGUAUAUUGAUUCGAAAAAUAAUUUUAUUUUUAUAUUUCUCUUACAUUCAUAAACACACACAUGUAUUACUCUUACAUGAUAUAUUUUUUAUAAUCUUCAAUUAACUCUAUAAAAAAGUGCUAUUAUCUACAUAUAACAAUAUAAUUGUUUGAAAAAUUUUGCAAUCAUGAUAUUUUUCACAAUCGGUGAUAUACUAGAGUCCAAAGUUUUCAUUAUCAUGAUCUAGCGGUGUUAUGUAAUGUUCUCAUUAUCAUGAUCCAACGGUGUUAUUAAAUGUUUUACGCAUAUUUAAAGUGAAUAAUAGUAAUUGUCGUAAAGUAUCGGAGAAUAUAAAAUAUAAAUGCUCCGGAAAAACAAGUAAAACUAAUUCAUAAAAAAUUAUGUGCACUUAUACAUACACAUACGUGAUUAUUUUAAAUGCAUUUAAUUCACCGAUAAAAUGUAAUACAUAUAAUAAACAUAUAAUAAUCAUACAACAGUA